UUGUAAAAGUUGAGCUCAUCGCUAAAACACUAUUCUUUAAUGUGGAGUGAUAGUACUCACACCUUAGUUGCAUUUGUCACACAGAGGAUACUAAUGUUCCUCAGGUUUUAAGGUACCCCUCACUGACUCACGGAGGCGCAUAUCUACCAACCUAAUUCUUGUACACAACAAAUCGACACAUCUACCCGUAACAAACGCGCAUCUAUUUGCACAAGACGCAUAUCUCCGACGUCCGUUUAACGUCAACAUCCAAUAAGAUCCACGUACGUGGGCACUCGCUCUUAGCCUGCAGAGAAGAAGAUUUGAGGCUGGCGAACGUUUGUUGCACCGCUUUUGCAUACAACACACCUCGAAUUGCUUGCUAGGGAUAUUAAUCAGCAUGGAUCUCGUCAACUCUCUGAAUGAUCGUCUGCUGUUUGCAGUGCCCAAGAAGGGCCGCCUUCACCAAGUCUGCCUUGACCUCCUCCACGGCUCGGACAUCCAGUUCCACCGUCACUCGCGUCUCGACAUCGCUCUUGUCAAGAAUCUACCACUCGCGCUGGUCUUCCUGCCCGCCGCAGACAUCCCAACUUUCGUAGGAGAAGGUCGUGUUGACCUUGGAAUAACUGGGCGGGACCAAGUGGAGGAACACGAGUGUGCAGUGCCACCAACAGAGACUACCGGUGUUACUGAGGUGCUCGACCUUGGCUUCGGAAAGUGCGAUUUGCAGGUACAAGUACCAUCAAAGGGUGGCUUGGAGAAGCCAGAGGAUCUGAUCGGAAAGAACGUCGUCACAAGCUUCACGAAUCUUGCAGAGCGUUAUUUCAGGAGACUAGAAGCAGAGCAAGCGGGUGACGCAACAAACGGAGAGGCCAAUGGCCAAACCAAGCUCAAGACCAAUAUCAAAUAUGUUGGAGGAAGUGUCGAGGCGGCUUGCGCGCUAGGUGUCGCAGACGGCAUCGUCGAUCUCGUUGAAUCUGGAGAGACUAUGCGCGCGGCAGGCCUGAAGGCGAUCUCAACAGUCGUCUCGUCAAGCGCCAUUCUGGUCAAAUCGAAGCACCCCUCAGACCCCAAGCUUGUCGAACUCAUCACAGCUAGGAUAAAGGGUGUCAUUACUGCCCAGAAAUACGUCCUCUGCUCAUACAACAUCGCGCGCGUGAAACUUGAUGCUGCUAGGAAGGUCACUCCCGGAAAACGCGCACCCACAGUUACUACCCUGGAAGAAGAAGGGUGGGUUGCCAUUCAGGCCAUGGUCUUGCGAAAAGAUAUUGCUAUCGCUAUGGACGAGCUGACGGCGGCUGGCGCUACUGAUAUCCUGGUGACGAAGAUUGAGAAUUCGAGGACAGACUAGAAGGCCUGGUAAGUGAAAUAGAAGAAGGAACUGUAUGGUUGCAUAUGGUGCUUUCGAAAAAGCUGAAUGGUAUCUUCAGCAUCUGAAAUGAGAUAUGGGCUGGAGAGAUUAGACAUCUUUAAGCAUGACGAGCCUUCCCAUGAAAAUACGAAUUGACAUAUUGGUUUGAACUC